UGUAUUGUGAAUACUUGAGACUUUACAACUCGAGAGAUGUCGUGAAAGACAUUGAAUUAGUGGCAUCGGCCAUUUCUGAAUACAGCGGGGUUGGCUUAGAAAUUGAAUGGGGCCAAGUUUUUCGUCUGGUUCAUCCUCCAUUCGAUGCCAUUCGAAAAAAUUUGAGCAUGAUGCACUCUGAUCACAAUCAAUCUGCAAUCUUUCUCAAACAAUUUGGUGCUUGCUUGGCUGAGUUGUAUCCUAAUGAAUUGGCUCAAUAUUUCUUUGAACAUUUGAACGUGAUAGGACCUUUUGUGGAACACGUUCCAUAUUUGAUCAGUUCAACUCAAAUUCAACAGCAAAUGGCAUUGUUAUUUCUUUCACAAGAACAGUUAGAUUGGGAGCGUAUCACGAGACUGAUGUCGCAAUACAGCGCUCUCUUUUCAGAGUUGAUUAAAACCAUUUUGGAGAACGUGUCAAGAGAUACUUUGCAACAACUGUGUGGACAUAUCACAACAACCAUAUUAACUGAUCAAAAUCUUGAAAUGAUGAAUGACUAUAUUGGAAUAUUCAAUAAUAUUUCUAAAAACGAUCAAGAAAGGACAACAAGUGAUAAAGAGCUAGUAACACUGGAAUCUUGUAACCAUUCAAUCUCCAAUGAGACGAUAUUUGAAACGGCAGCAGUUCUCAUGUAUUGUGGAAAAAUGGGAAUUCACCAUUUAUUUCAAUUUAUUGCAGAACAACGAAAAGAUGUAAUUGACAAAUUUCCACAAGUAUUUCCUAUGGUUUAUCACUCAAUCACUGAUAUGGGCAAUAUUGAGAAGGUGAAUUUGAGAAGGGAGUUUCACUUGGUGUCACACUCAACCGAAAUUUUGUUAUUCAUUUCGAGACAUUCCAUUUUGAAGAAAUAUUUGAAUUUAUUGGCCUCCAUCUGGUCUAUACCUUCUUCGAGUAUGCAGAACAACUGUCCUAGCUUCUUUAAGGCAAUUACAAGUAUUCAUUUCCAUUUGGAUCGAAUUUCUGUAUUGAAAGAAUAUUCCUUGAGUGAAAAAGACAUUUUUGAAAUGAUUUCACUCUAUGUAUCAAAGAACGCAAUGGGAAAGUUUAGCAACUUGUUUCAUCUUCCCACUUUCACCAUGAAUCAUUUAUUGCAAAUCCCAAACUUGUAUUUGUUUCACACGAAAACCUUUAACAAAAUAGCGAGCUUACGUUUAGUGGUUGAUUUAUUAUGGAACAAUUUUGAAAAGGAUCAAGCCAAAAUCAAAUUUAGGGACUUGUUUUGUUUCAUUCAUGGUCAUCUUUAUCAAAACAAACAUCUCACUCAAGUCAUGAAAUAUUACAAGGGAAAAUAUUUGGAAAUGGUAGAAGAGAUCAUGUAUGACAUGCUGUUGGAUAAUGACAAGUAUUUGAUCAUUUGCUUCUUUGUCAGCAAUUUGUCGGAUACCUCUAUUAGUCUCACGGAUGAAUUGAAACUCGAGUGUUCUAAAGAAUUGUGUGGUGGUCAUGAAUUUGAGGAGCCUAAUUUUGAAUUACGAGAUUUUGAUCGACUGAAACGUGUGUUGUGUGAAAAAUCCAAGUCCACCAUUUCUAAACAACACUUUGAUUCAUGGAAAACGCUCAUACUCUCUAUCAUCAAUGUGGAACAAGCAGACAAUGUUUCUCGUUUACUGAAUGAAAUUGAUCCAAUCCUGAAAAAUCAAAAAGAAUUACAACAACAAUACUUUAAAAUACCGACAGUUUAUGAGACAAAAUUGAGGGACGAGGAAGAACGAGAGAAGAAAGAAAUACGUUUGUCACAAUCCUCUUCUUUGGACUUGUCAAAGAUAUCCUUUUCGUUUGGCAAUUUUUCAUCGACAAAUUCGAAUUUGUUUGAAAAAUUUGCAUCAAUCAAAGAGGAUUCACAAGAAGAGCAAGAAAGUACAGCCACCUCGUUUUCAAUGUUGAAUAUUCAGUUUAAGAACUAG